CACCCAAGCCCGGCCCCUAUUCCCCAGAACACCAAUAAUAACCCCCUUUAAAACAUUUACCUUCCUCCCCUGCUCCUCCUCCUCCCCCUCCCGCCACCCGCCCCCAACUCACAACUCUGUUGAGUCCAGAAUCUCAGAAUCAGGCGUUGGGCUCUGCCGGGUGCGUCAGAUCAAUGGAUGAGUUCCACCCGUUCAUCGAGGCGCUGCUGCCUCACGUCCGAGCCUUCUCCUACACCUGGUUCAACCUGCAGGCGCGGAAGCGCAAGUACUUUAAAAAGCACGAGAAACGGAUGUCGAAGGACGAGGAGCGGGCGGUGAAGGACGAGCUGCUAGGUGAAAAGCCGGAGAUAAAGCAGAAGUGGGCCUCCCGGCUGCUGGCCAAGCUGCGCAAAGAUAUCCGGCCUGAGUUCCGAGAGGACUUUGUGCUGACCAUCACGGGCAAGAAACCCCCCUGCUGUGUGCUCUCCAACCCUGACCAGAAGGGCAAGAUCCGGCGGAUUGACUGCCUGCGCCAGGCUGACAAGGUGUGGCGGCUGGACCUGGUCAUGGUGAUUUUGUUUAAGGGGAUCCCCCUGGAAAGUACUGAUGGGGAGCGGCUCUACAAGUCGCCCCAGUGCUCAAACCCCGGCCUGUGCGUCCAACCACAUCACAUUGGAGUCACAAUCAAAGAACUGGAUCUUUAUCUGGCUUAUUUUGUCCACACUCCAGAAUCCGGACAAUCAGACAGUUCAAACCAGCAAGGAGAUGCAGACAUCAAACCACUGCCCAACGGGCACUUGAGUUUCCAGGACUGCUUUGUGACUUCUGGGGUCUGGAAUGUGACAGAGUUGGUGAGAGUAUCACAGACUCCUGUUGCAACAGCAUCAGGACCCAACUUCUCGCUGGCAGACCUGGAGAGCCCCAGCUACUACAACAUAAACCAGGUGACCCUGGGGCGGCGGUCCAUCACCUCCCCUCCUUCUACCAGCACCACCAAGCGCCCCAAGUCCAUUGAUGACAGCGAGAUGGAGAGCCCCGUUGAUGAUGUGUUCUAUCCUGGGACAGGCCGCUCCCCAGCUGCUGCCAGCAGCCAGUCCAGCGGAUGGCCCAAUGAUGUGGAUGCAGGCCCGGCUUCUCUAAAGAAGUCAGGAAAGCUGGACUUCUGCAGCGCCCUCUCCUCUCAGGGCAGCUCCCCGCGCAUGGCUUUCACUCACCACCCGCUGCCUGUGCUUGCUGGAGUCAGACCAGGGAGCCCCCGGUCCACAGCAUCAGCUCUGCACUUCCCUUCCACAUCCAUCAUCCAGCAGUCAAGCCCUUACUUCACACACCCAACUAUCCGCUACCACCACCACCACGGGCAGGACUCGCUGAAGGAGUUUGUGCAGUUUGUGUGCUCGGAUGGCUCGGGUCAGGCCACCGGACAGCCCAACGGUAGCGGCCAGGGCAAAGUCCCGGGGUCAUUUUUGCUACCGCCGCCGCCUCCAGUGGCCAGACCUGUGCCCCUUCCUAUGCCUGAUUCCAAAUCCACCAGCACUGCCCCAGACGGCGCCGCCUUGACUCCUCCAUCACCUUCAUUCGCAACGACAGGCGCCUCCUCUGCCAACCGGUUUGUCAGCAUCGGACCCCGGGACGGCAACUUUCUGAACAUCCCACAGCAGUCUCAGUCCUGGUUCCUCUGAUGAGGAAAGAAAACAACAUAAAAAGAAGAGGUUCCUCAAAAGGGGGGGAAAGAAAUUUCGAGACAUGGAAAUAUCCCCCAGCCCAGCCCCACCGAAAAGCAAAAAUUAGACGUCGUCAGCCACUCAGCCCUUCCCUUCUCCAGCCCGGGGACCCUGUGGUCCAAAGCAGCCCAGUUCUGGCGAGCCCUCGGAAGGGGUCUCAGCAGAGCUGUGUACUAGCAGCCAAGCAGAAAGAAGCAUGCUACUUGCAAAGCGGACUCUGCCAAGCAGAGGACAAACAGAAAGGAUGCGGCAAGACUGCCUUCCUCCCACCCAGCCUGGCCUUCCCAGGAAGAAGCAGCCAGCACCCGCCCCUGACCUUCCUGGGACCCCACCCUCCGCUAGGCCUGAGUUUCCCUAAGGAGCCCAGAGGAGCAGCUCGUAAAGAUGAUGGGAGUAGAUGUGCGAGUUUACCUCCGGAUUUCAUCCCUCCUCUCCCUUUCAUCUUUCCAGACUCUGCUCCAGCUUCUGUCCCCAACUGCUCUGGACCAGGCGAAGAAGGCCCCCGGGUGGGCAGGGGGCGCCCCCUGGAGUUAGUUGCAUUCAGUGUGAGUCCAGAAUGUAGGACGUUCUGCCACCCCACUCUGAACCGCAUGGGAAUUCUCGGGUGAGGCCCCUCUGUACAGUCCACAGGAAAAAAGUCAGCUCUAGACCAGAGGCUCAGCCCGGACUGGUACCCUCUACCAACUCUCCGCAGACCCGGAGGGCUGCCCUCUGCCACACCCCAGGUGAAGGGAGUUGACCCCAGGUCGCCCCACACCCCAGCCCUGCAUGCAGGUGCCCUCGCUCCGCCCCAUCGGCCCUGCCCCUGCCGCUCAAGCACACCCUACUGGGGCCGGCUGCGAGUGGAGCGGAAAGGGUCCUGGAACCAAGGGAGGAGGAGGCAGCGGCCUCUGGGGCUAAGCCACCACCUGCGCUAGGUAGGUGUCCUGCUCAGCGGCUUUCAGUUCCUGUGGAGGGUGGUGGUUGUCCUUUUCACGAGUGUUCUGGAGCUUUCUGGUCCCCUUCUCUUCUUCCCUUCCCACUGCACCCAUGGCCACUUCUCCCUAGACUUUAGCUGUAAUGUCUUUACUCUUUAUUUAGGGGUGGGGCAGUCAUUGUUUGGGUCUUUCACUGUUGCAGUUGGGAACUCCUCGGUUUGAGCAACUUGGGAACAAUUUGGUAACAUACCACAGGAAGUAGCUUUCCUCCCAGCCGCCGCCUCGUCCCCCAAGGGAUGUUGGGGGCUUUUCCUCACGGGUCUUUCAAAGUCCCGUGGGAGGGAGGAGAGAGUACGAGCACGCCAGCCCGGUCCGCGGUGUGACUUGGCCCCUUUGGCUUGUCUUUCUGUGCCUUACUCCCCUUCCCUGCGUUUCCCUCCCAGGCCCAUUAAGUCCUUGUGCCUCUCUUUCUCUCUCUUUCUCAACGGAAUGAAAACAUAAAGCACAGGUCAGGAUCCUCUGAAAGUCAGUCCAACAUUGCACCACGUAGGGGUGGGUCAUGGGCUUUAUUUAUUGAGAAUCUGGUUGGUGAGGCUGUGCCCGGUGCGAAGAGGGAGGAGUGGUCUGCGGAGCGCGGGGCUGCUGCCCGGGCUCGGAGUGGCGGGAGGCUUCGAAGCGGCUGGCGCGGGUGCGCGACCCGGGUGGCAGAGGAGCGAAGCCCUCCCCGCCUUCCUCUUCGUACGACGCUGAGGGUCCCAGGACUGAGGGGCAGGGGUCCCGCGGGAGCCUCUCUGCGCGAGCCGAGGGAGGCCCGGGGGUGGGGGGCCGGGCGGGCCGCGCCUGACGCGGUCAAAGUGCAAUGCUUUUACAGUUCGGUUGGCUAAACAGGGUCAGAGCUAAGAGCGAGCCGAAGGGGGCCCCUGCCCGGCCGCGUGAGCCCAUUCCUUCGAAGACAAUCGGGCCGCUAGCGCUGCGGGCCUGUGGGAGUUGGGGGGGGGUCUGCAAGGCACGCGCCGGGGCGAGGUCGGAAGCUGCAGGCCAGCUGGGCCGGGGCCGGAGGUGCCCAUCACUGUCCCCCAGGAGGGCUGGGGGGGGGCAGCGCUCCUUUCCCAAGUGAUGAUGUGAGGGGCAAUGAGGGCAACAGAUAUGGGGGCGUGUUAGGAGAGGGAAAAAAACCCACAAAAAAUAUAUGGGGGAAAUUAACUUUUUUUUUCAUUGAACCAAGUGCAAUGCAUCAGAGUUUUCCUAUCUUUGUAUGUUAAGAGAUUGUUUUUAAAAAAUUCUAUUUUUGUUGUAAUGUCCUCGCGGCUCUGGGGACGCUAAAAGAACUGGGCCUGCCCCGCCCUGCACGGGGAUAACGAAAGCUGAGUGUUCUUCCUUUUUUCCCUUUUUUUUUUCCAUUUUUCUUCGUUUUCAGUUUAUUUUUUAAGCUAUUUUCCUGCGUUGACGAGGAUGAUUUGGUGUUUUAAUUUGUUUCGUCGUUCAUUCUCAGUUUUGGUGGGAGGGCUGAAAGAAACAUUCACAUUUUGUCUUUUGAAAAACACCUUGACGAAAAAAAAAAGGAUCAAAAGGAAAAGGACGAGAGAAAAUUAUUUUUAAGAUAAUUAAACACAAAACCCUGGUGCUUCUUACAUUAUUAAGUACGUUUAAAAAC